AUGGAUGCUAUUCAAAUAGCAAAGCGUGGAUUCAAAACAGAAUUGUUACCACGUGGUAAAUGGAUUGAAGCUUCAAAUGGCCACCGAUUCGAUGUUGUUGAUCCUUAUUCAAACGAAGCAAUUAUCGAUGUUUCUAAUUGUGGUCCUCAAGAUGCACAAAUAGCUGUGGCCGCAGCUCGCAAAUCCUUCUCUAGAUGGACAAAUGAGUUUACUGCUAAAGAAAGAGGCGCAAUUUUGCACAAGUGUUUUGAAAUUAUGAAGGUUAAAGAGGAACAAUUAGCUGAGUUAUUAACAAUGGAGCAAGGAAAACCUCUUGCAGAAGCAAAAGCAGAGAUUCAAUAUUCUGCCUCCUUUUUUGAAUGGUAUGCAGGAGAGGCACGUAGAAUUUAUGGUCAAAUUGUUUCCCCAUCUAAAUUAAAUAGACAACAUUUACAUACGCGGGAACCUGUUGGUGUUGUGGCUAUUAUAACUCCGUGGAAUUUUCCAUGUGCAAUGAUUUCUCGUAAAAUAGGAGCUGCCUUGGCUGCUGGUUGCACUGUAAUUGUUAAACCUGCAGAAGACACACCACUUUCUGCGCUUGCAUUAGCUGAGAUCUCCCAACAAGCAGGAAUACCCAGCGGUGUUUUUAACGUUAUUCCAGCAGACAGAGAAAAUACUGCAGAGAUUUCUAAAUUUCUUUGUUCAUCUCAUGAUGUUGAUUGUAUUUCUUUUACUGGAAGUUCGGCUGUUGGAAAAAUACUUUUAAGUCAAUCCGCAUCAACAGUUAAGCGAGUUUGUCUUGAAUUGGGAGGGAAUGCGCCUUUUAUUGUGUUUAAAUCCGCAGAUUUGGAUCAAGCCGUUCAAGGUGCAAUUGCAUCUAAAUUCCGUUGUUCUGGACAAACUUGUGUAUCAGCCAAUCGCUUCUUUAUUGAAGAACCCAUCUUUGAAGAAUUUCUUGACAAAUUAAAAAAUAAAGUUGAAACAUUAAAAUGUGGACAUGGAAUGGAGAAAAAUAUAGAUCAAGGGCCUUUAAUAAAUAAAGCUGCAGCAGACAAGGUCUCAAAUCUUUUAAAAGAUGCAUUAGAAAAAGGUGCUGAACUUGUGACUGGAGGUGAACUUAUUCCGGACACAAAUAUUUUCAAACCAACAAUAAUAACAAAUGUUAAUAACGAAAUGGAAAUUGCAAAUGCUGAGAUUUUUGGACCUAUAAUUGCUUUACAAACACUGAAGAUGAAGUUAUUGAACGAGCUAAUGCUACAAGAAAUGGACUUGCAGGUUAUGUUUUCACGAAGGACUAUUCGCAAAUUAAUAGAAUUAGUAAAGCAAUUCAAGUUGGAAUGAUUGGAAUUAAUGAAGGAAUGAUUUCUUGUGCUGAAGCAGCAUUUGGUGGAGUUAAAGAAUCAGGGCUAGGAAGAGAAGGUGGUGGACAAGGGAUUGAUGAAUUUACCCAAUGGAAAUACGUUUGUAUAAAUACAGAAUAGAUUUUAUUUAUUUGUGUCUUUUGAAAAUUUAUAUUUUUUGAUAGAAAUAAACCCGAUGGAAUACUUUUAAACAUUUUACUAAAAAAUAACGUGUAAAAUAAUCUAAAAAUAUCUAAAUUUAUAAAACGA